GGCUCGCUGCAGGGCUGGGGUGGUGCGGAGCGGAGCGGAUGGCUUGCGCGGGUCUCUCUCAGUGCCCCGCGGCUCUGCUGUGGGGCUGGCUCCUGCUCGGCUCCAGCUGGGGCCCGGGGCCCCCCGCGGUCGCUGCCGCCCCGCGCUUCUCGGCCGAUUACGUGCUGGACGACGCCCGCGGGCUGGGCAGGCGGUUUGACGGGAUCGGAGCUGUCAGCGGCGGCGGGGCCACAUCUAGACUCCUGGUGAAUUACCAAGAACCUUAUCGCUCUCAAAUUUUAGAUUAUCUGUUCAAGCCAAAUUUUGGUGCUGCUUUACAUAUCCUGAAAGUAGAGAUUGGAGGUGAUGGACAAUCAACAGAUGGCACUGAGCCCUCCCACAUGCACUAUGAAAAUGAUGAGAACUACUUCCGGGGCUAUGAGUGGUGGCUGAUGAAAGAGGCCAAAAAGAGGAACCCCCAAAUUAAACUGAUGGGAUUACCUUGGACAUUUCCUGCAUGGAUAGGGAAGGGUGAGAAUUGGCCUUAUGAUUACCCAGAUGUCACAGUUUACUAUAUUGUUUCCUGGAUAUUAGGAGCUAAACAGUAUCACGAUUUGGACAUUGAUUAUAUUGGGAUAUGGAAUGAAAGAGCAUUUAGUAGCAAAUAUAUCAAGCUGUUAAGAUACACAUUGGAUAAGCAUGGUCUGCAGCAGGUGAGGAUCAUAGCCAGCGAUAGACUGUGGGAACCCAUUUCCUUUGUCUUGCUGCUUGACUCUGAGCUCCACGGAGUGGUCGAUGUGAUUGGGGCUCACUAUCCUGGAACAAAAACAGUGCCAAAUGCCAUAUUAACUCAGAAGAAACUGUGGUCUUCAGAAGAUUAUAGUACUUUCAAUGAUGAAAUAGGUGCAGGCUGUUGGGCUCGGAUCCUGAACCAAAACUACGUGAAUGGAAACAUGACCUCAACCAUUGCAUGGAAUUUAGUGGCUAGUUAUUAUGAAGAGUUGCCCUUUGGUCGAUGUGGACUGAUGACAGCCCAAGAACCAUGGAGUGGCCACUACAGAGUAGAAGCACCUAUCUGGAUUACAGCACACACAACCCAAUUUACUCAACCAGGCUGGUCGUACUUACAAGUGGAUGGACACUUAGAAGGAGGUGGCAGCUUUGUAGCUCUGACCGAUGGCCUGGGAAACCUUACGAUUAUCAUUGAAACUAUGAGUCGUAAUCACUCUCAGUGUAUCAGGCCUCCACUGCCUCAUUUCAAUGUGUCACCUCAGAGAGCAACUUUCUACCUCACAGGGUCUUUUUAUAUGGUGAAGACCCUUCAAGUGUGGCAUUCUAGGCUUGGUUUUGAAUCUGCACACUCUACUUUUUUCCAGCAAGUCCAUCCUAUAAAGGUCUGGAAGGGAAGUUUUUCUUUAGAUCUAAAUGUGGAUGAAGUCUACACUUUAACCACGCUCAAGACAGGGCAAAAAUGUAUUUGUCCAGACCCUCCACCAUCUCAGCCUUUUCCUUCUAAUUACAAAGAUGAUUUUGAUAUUCGUAAUCCACCUUUCAGUGAAGCUCCAAAUUUUGCAGAUCAGACAGGGGUAUUUGAGUACUUCAUAAACACUUCUGAUCCAGGAGAUCAUGUGUUCACCCUCCGUCAGGUGGUGGUUCAGCGACCCAUCACUUGGUCUUCUGAUGCAGACCAAACCAUCAGUAUCAUAGGAAAUUUUAAGUGGGAAAACUUUACCGUCACUUGUGACAUCUACAUAGAAAAAUCACCUGAUGGAGGCGUGUUUGUUGCAGGAAGAGUUGACAAUGGUGGGAUAUAUGUUCGAAGUACCAAAGGAGUUUUCUUCUGGGUAUUUGCAGAUGGCACUUACAGAGUCACUGGUGACCUCGCUGGAGAAGAAAUACUAAUGAAAGGACUCUCUGGUGUCCGGGCCAAUGCAUGGCACACACUUACUCUCAACAUCCAGGGCACUUCUGCUUCGGGGCUAUUAAAUGGUUAUCCACUCUGGGAGAAUGUCACCAUCACUGAACCAAGUAAUGGCUGGGCUGCUAUUGGAACACACUCCUUCGAGUUUGCGCAGUUUGACAACUUUCAUGUUGAAGCCAGCUGAGGUGGCUUUUGUGUUGGAGAACCCUGUUCUCUUAUUACUUUGGGUCAGAGCCAGUUCAAACUUUGAGGACAAUUUAAUACUAUAUUGAGAUUGACCUGUUGGCAGAGAAUACGAAAUCUGUCCUUACUAUUUGUUAGAGGUUUACUUGAGUAGGUAGCAACCUGACUGUAACUUUAUCCUCUAGUUGUUAUGGGAUUUUUACCCUUCAAAUGUUAGGGGAAAAUCUUAGUUUAAGGUAAUGGUGGAGACAAACUAAUAGAUUUAAAUCUAUUCAAAUACCAAGAUCUUAACUUCCUGGCUCACUUUUAAGAUAGCUUUAGAAGCACUUUAAAGCUGUAGUUUUAACACUUUACAUGAUUGUGUCCGUUCCUUUCACUCUUACAGAAUUAAAUGCUGAUAAGCCUAAUGAGCCAGUGGCCCCAUAUAGUUGUAGGCUGUGGUUCUCAAAUUGCCUUUACACAAUGUACCUAGGGUUUUGUCUGUUUUUCUACUAUAGUCGGAGACUAGGCAAUAUGGUACUUCAAGUGCACUUGAUUACUUCUUCCAAAUCUCAUUGCCAGCCUUAUAGUAGAUUAUAUUUUCAGUGGAAUGGAAGUGUAUUUUAUGGCUGAUAAGGCAAUGCAGGAUGUGCCUUAAUUUUAAGCUACCUCUUCUUCAAUGAAGAGUUUGAAAUGAGUUAAACUUUUAACUUGCAGUUUACUCCUUGUGUUUUUCUUUGCACAAUGUAAAGGAUAAACCAUUUGUGUCAUCAACUCAUGGAUGCUGACAAGCAGAACACUUUCACAUGUGAUCUAACAUAAAUAUAAAACUAGCCUUUUAUUCCUAAAAGCUCUGGUGACCAUCUUUCACCUAUGAUGGAGCUGAGGCUUAGAGUGAAAAAUAGUUGAAGCACAACUGCAUGUAAUCAUAUAAUUUGGUUGAUUGUAUUAACACAGUGUGGAGGGGCUAUGAAUAUUGUUUCCUUUUAUACCUAGGACAACAAGAUUUUAAAAAAAGUCUUUGUCCUUAAGAACUUGCAACCUAUUUAUAUUCAAACUUUUCCUAAGCCUAUUCAGGUAAAGCUCAGAGGGAAUUUCAAAUCCUAGGGGAAGGGGGAGGGAGGGAUUCUAUUUUGCUAUGGCUCACUUCAUUGUUUUUCCAAGUUAUUUUACCAAGUGUUUUUUUUUUAAGAAAAAAUACCUUGAAAAUAUAAUGAGGUCCUAAAAGGGAUAUUCAUCACCCCUUUACCAAAUUCAGUUGACUCUGAAUUUUGUUGUUCUUCUGUUGGUCAGUUUGAAUGAGGUGGAGGUUUUUGCCAUGACAAAACCUGCCUUCUGCAUCCACUAACUUUUCACAUUCAACUCCUGUUUAACUGACCAGCAAGUAGUUCCAGACUAUGUAUGCAGCUAUCAGUAGCAGGGAAUACCUUAUCUUGAGAAAUAGAUUUUCAGUAUACUUUCAUUAUAUUGAGUAUUGUUCUGAUUCUCAUUAUUUUGAAGGCUGAUUCCAGUAAGCAUUAGCUCAAGUCUCUGAAGGGAUCAUCGAGGAUAGAUUUAAUAUAAUCAGAAUUAUUACUGGAAAAUUAUUAUAAAAAUUAUUUUCCAAACUAGCUUUUGGAGAAAAGAUCUGAAAAUUUCAUCUCUAACAGAUAAAGAGAAUGACUUUUUUCCCCUCACCAGUAACAAUUGUACUGCUACCACUAUUUACUGGUUACAAAUUGUUACAUAAAGCUUCAUACAUGGAGGCAACCUUGAACAAUAGUCUAAAACACUAAAUUUUAAAACUCUUAUUAAAAACUUCCAAAUACUUAAGCAGCUACCUAUUUAACUGAAUGAGAAAUGAAAGCCAAAUUUUUACUUCAGUUUCAUCCUGAUAGUUGAAGUAUGGAUACAGGUCUGUUGAUUACUAGUUUAGCUUCAGAGAGGACAUCUAGAUGGGAACUCCAGAUGUGAAGGAAUCAAAUUUUAGGUGCUCAUGUUAAAGUAAUAUGAGUAUAGGAGAAAAGGUUCUCCAGAAUAAACUGUUUUUUAGGUGGGGUGAAUUUGUGCAGUAGGAGACUUCUGGAAGACCGGUAGCUUUUGUGGGCUGUAAGCUCUGUUUGUAUAAGGGAUUAACAAUGGUAUAGUUACUCAAAAGGUAAAGAGCUGGACAGCUCCUUUGAAUGCACUAGUUCAACUAACUGUACUGUUGUUACAUUGUGUACUAAAUGCAAUGUAUUUUAUCACUGAAGUGUUGAUUUUUAUUUUUUUCAAAUCUUAAUUUAUGAAGUUGGAGGAUUAAACUGUUCUGAACAGAGUAAGCAAUUUAAUGAUGAUAUAAUGUUGUUCAUCUUUGUAUGUCUGUAAUUCUUCACUCUUUGCAGGUUGUAAUAUGCCUGGCAAUAACAAGCUGUCAAGUCAUUUCAUUGAGGGGUGAUUUUAUGUUGUUAAUUAUAAAUACUAAUCAUUCCAUAUGGACAAAUAGUAAUAAUAAUUAAAAAAAAACA